GCGCCGUUGAAAACUUUCCCCCGCGCUCGGCUGUGGCUGCCGCGUGUUGCAGGCACGUGGGCCGGGCGCUGGGCUGGCGUCAUGGCCGGCGACAACCCGGUGCCUAAACUCUACAGAUCUAUAAUUGAAGAUGUAAUUGAAGGAGUUCGGGAUCUGUUUGCUGAAGAAGGUAUAGAAGAACAUGUUUUAAAAGACUUGAAACAGCUCUGGGAAACCAAAGUUUUGCAAUCUAGAGCAACAGAAGACUUCUUUGGAAAUAGCAUCCGUUUACCCUUUUUCACCCUGCCGCUGCCACACACCUUGCACCAAACACUGCAGUCAUCGACAGCAUCCUUAGUCGUUCCUGCUAGUAGAACUCUUCCAGGUUGUACCCCAGCAGAAUUGGACACUGCAAGGUCUGGUGCGAGCUUUGCUUUUCCCGGGUGUCCUAUUUACGUCCCGGCAGGUGUGACCUUACAGACUGCAUCUGGUCAGCUUUAUAAAGUUAAUGUCCCAAUAAUAGUAACGCAGACCUCGGGAAGACCGAGCGCGCUCCAGCACCCAGUUCAAGUCCUCCAGCAGCUUGGGCCGCCUGCGGUGAUCCAGGGCAGCGUGCCACAGUUAAGCCCGUGUUCUCUUCAGGCAGCUGCUGAGAGGUCACGAGGAGUGGAUGCUGUGCCCCAGCAGCUCACAGUCCCAGCCUGUGGGCCAGUGGGCAGGAAGAACUUAGGAAAUGCCACCAGUGAUGGAUGUGCGCCUCCCGGAUGGGAGCAUGGAGUCCGGUCUGCAGCGCUGCUGAGCGAAAACUCUCCGUGUGCCCACGGCUCAGGCGCUGCAUUUCCUUCCUGGGCCGCCCCCGCAGGCCCCAGUGCGGAGCCAGCACUCAGUGCUCCUGCUGCAGGGCGCCGGCGUCUGCUUGGUGGGUCUCUGCCUGCUGCUGGCCCUCAGGGGACUCCUCACCACCAGGUGGCUUUGAGCAGUCAGUUAACGGAUGACGAUAUUAAUAGAAUAAUUCAAGUAGAUGGGACUGGCGAUGCGUCUUCUAAUGAGGAAGUAGGAAAUGUGAGAGAUGCGGAGGAGAAUGAAUUUCUGCAAAUUAUUGAUGCGGGCGACCUGAAGGUGCUUGAAGAAGCAGCUGACAGUACAUCGAGCGAAGACUCAACUGCAAGCAGCAGCGACGAUGAAGGCCCAGAAGUCGCCCUUGUGGAUGAGGACCCUUUAAAUUCUGGAGAUGAUGUUAGUGAGCAGGAUGUGCCGGACCUGUUUGACACAGAUAAUGUAAUUGUCUGUCAGUACGAUAAGAUUCAUCGAAACAAAAACAAGUGGAAAUUCUAUUUGAAGGAUGGUGUGAUGUGUUUUGGAGGGAGAGACUAUGUGUUCGCAAAAGCCAUUGGUGAUGCGGAGUGGUAAAAUCUGUGAGCUCAGUGUGUCAGUUUUAUGAACAUCAUUGUAACUGUACUGCAUAUUAUGAAACUUAUUUUAAUACGUAGUUCAUCACAAUGUAGCUCCAAUUUUUAGUUCAU